AUGGUUGUACCAGAACGCAGCGCCGCACCAGUUGCACCCCAUCGUCCUGGUGCCCGGCUACGCCACCAACGAGCUGGACGUGCGGCUCACCGAGCUCUACCGGCCCAGAUGACCAGCGUGUACGACACCGCCUCCGACGAUUACUUCAACGUCCCCGGCGUCGAGACGCGCGUCCCCUUCUUUGGCUCCACCCAAGCUUUCCGCUAUCCCGAUCCAGACCGCAAGAAUUUCUCGUACAUGAACACGUUGUUGGUGGAGCGGCUGGAGAAGGUGGGGUACCGGGAUGGCGAGACCAUGUUCGGCGCGCCCUACGACUUCCGGUACGUGGUGGCGCCGGCGGGGCACCCGUCCAGGGUCGGCGACGCCUUCCUCCGUGCGCUCAAGGGACUCGUCGAGCGGGCGAGCCGGCUGAACGGUGGCAGGCCCGUGACGAUCGUGACCCACAGCGCCGGCGGCCCGCUGACGCACCAGCUGCUCAUCCGGCAGCCGCCGGCCUGGCGGCAGCGCUUCGUGAGGGGCUUCGUGCCCGUCGCCGCUCCGUGGGGAGGCAUCGUGCUAGGCAUGGUCACGCUCGUCUCCGGGAACAACUACGGCCUGCCGUUCGUGGACGCGCGGGCGCUGCUGGCGGCGGGCAGGAGCCAGCAGACGAGCCUCUGGCUGCUGCCAAGCCCCAGCCCGGCUGUCUUCGGCACCGCGCAGCCGCUGGUGAUCACCAAGAGCAGGAACUACUCGGCCGGCGACGUGGCGGACUACCUUGUCGCCAUCGGGUUCGGCGAGGCCGUCGGGCCAUACGAGUCCCGCGUGCUGCCGCUGUUCGGCGGCUCCCUGCCGCCUCCCGGGGUUCCGGUGACCAACAUCGUUGGGGUCGGGGUGAGGACCACUGAGAGGAUUGUGUACCCCGGGGAUGACCUCGAUGCGACGCCCGCCACGGUCGCCGGAGACGGUGACGGAGUGGUGAAUCUGGCGAGCGCCCUCGCGGUGGAGAACAAGUGGAAGGAUUAUAGGCUGGUCAAGGUGUCCAACGUGACUCAUAAUGAUCUUGUGGCCGAUGAUCAAGCGCUCGAGAUUGUUAUCCGGGAGAUUCAGCGGGCCAAUUGAUUACUGGUAGCAGUGCGACGAUUUGCAUUAAGCGG